AGUGUUAUCAUCACGACAAAAAGUAAUUCAACAAACACAUUCUGGAAGUUACUGUUGUUGUUGUUGUUCUUCUUCGUGCUAUUACCUUGACUCGUGGUGCGGGCUAGGCCACUUACAUUCCCGAAAUUCAGGAAAUUUAGUUUUCUUGGCAUUGUAUUUAUUUAAAAUGGCAUUCCUCUAGAUUCGUCGUCACUGCCUAUCGUUGGUUGACAAAAUGGCGACAUCAAGCAACAAUACUAUAGCAGCAAAACAAUACUGGGAUUUUUUGUUUACAGAUCUUGCAGAUCCUCGGACAAACAAUUGGCCACUAAUAGGCGAUCCCAUACCUGGUUUAACCAUCAUAGGACUUUACCUUUAUUUCGUCACAAAAUGGGGACCUAGAUACAUGAAAGACAGGAAACCCUACGAACUAAAGAAUAUACUUAUAGUUUACAAUUUUAUCCAAGUUUUAGUUAGUAUUUAUAUUUUUUGUGAGGGCAUGGCUGGAGCAUGGUUAACCAAAUACAGUUGGCGCUGUGAACCUGUAGACUUUUCCUAUUCGCCACACGCAUUACGAGUUGCAAGAGGCUGUUACUUGUACUUCCUGGCGAAAAUAUCGGAAUUACUGGACACAGUUUUCUUCGUUCUCAGAAAAAAGAAUAAUCAAAUAACGUUCCUGCAUUUAUAUCAUCACACAGUUAUGCCCAUGAUCAGUUGGGGCUGCACCAAGUAUUAUCCCGGAGGUCACGGAACUUUCAUCGGAGUCAUUAAUUCAUUUGUACACAUCAUCAUGUACUUUUACUACAUGAUGGCCGCUAUGGGACCCCAAUACCAAAAGUAUCUUUGGUGGAAGAAAUACAUAACCACUUUGCAAAUGUCCCAAUUCUGCAUAGCCUUUCUCCACUCCAUGCAGCUGCUGUUCUAUGACUGUGGUUAUCCCAGAUGGUCACUAUUCUUCACGCUUCCUAACGCCAUCUUCUUCUAUUAUCUCUUCGACGAUUUCUACAACAAGGCUUACAAGAGAGACAAGAAAGAGUCAAUCGUCUGCAACAAUAACGACCAACUGUCAGAGGAAGUUCAUUUAAAACAAUCUAAUGGAGCUGUUGGUAAAUCCGACGGUACGAACGGUACAUACCGGAUUCGUAACGGAUCAAUCACAACGGCGAACGAUAAUUACAAACAGAAUGGCAACAGUUACUCGGAUUCGGACUAUAAGCUCUACAAAGAAUGUUUGAACGAAAACGGGCUCGUUAAGAAAGAUGUUUAAUAAAUUUUAAUUUUAAUAGUU